AUGGUUGCUGGCAAGUUCAUGGCGGUCAAGAAGGCUGGCGGAUGUCCCCUGUUUCGAGUCCUGAUCGGAAAGGAGAUCAACGGCCUCCUGCAAGAGAUCAACACGCUGAAGCGCCUCAAGCACAAGAGGAUUGUCCGCUAUCAGGGCUGCAUCAGGCAAGACAGUGAGGAGGACCCCGCCCUGCUCAUCUUCCUGGAGUACAUGCCCAGCGGUUCCAUCAAGGGAGUGCUUCAGAAGUUCGGACCUUAUGGCAUCCGCCUCGUGAAGAAGUACACGAGGCAAAUCCUGGAAGGCCUGGACUUUCUCCAUACGGAGAAGAUAGUCCAUCGGGAUGUGAAGGGCGCGAAUAUCCUCAUUGACGCCCAUGGAGAUGCCAAGUUGGCCGAUUUUGGCGCCUCCCAGAACCUCGAGGCUUUGCACACCCUCCACGGCACCUGCAUCACUUCGGGUAUCAAUUCCAUCCACGGAAGCGUUUUCUGGAUGGCGCCCGAGGUGAUGAAGUAUCGCGCUGGUCGAAGAUCGGAUAUUUGGAGCUUAGGCUGUACCGUGAUCGAGAUGAUCACAGCUGAGGCACCAUGGCCGAACCUUCGGGAGCGCCAUCUACCAGUCACGGAGAUGCUGCGGCACAUCGUGGACAGCGACGAGAUCCCGCCGCUUCCGGACAAGAUCCAUCCGGACUGCCGCAGCUUCCUGGAGCGGACCCUGAACCGGGACCACACCCGGCGGCCCUAUGCCGACAAGCUGUUGGGCCACCGUUUCGUUGUGGAGGUAACUACUCCGGCAGCCACCCCGGGAGGUUCAGCAGUUGCAGCCUCGCCGGUCUCCGUUGCCUCGACAAUUGAAGCUGUGGCGAGCCCCUGA